AUGCCAUUGUCCAGUCCUAGAUCAGUCACCCAUAUUCCCAUAAAGCAGUUUGUCCUGCUUUCACCACAGCCACUGACGCUGAUUGCUACCAUGCAGGUGGCCCAAAGCUACAGGGGCCACACCUGUGAAGCAGGAAGCCCACCACUGCUGCAGCCACUGCCACUGCUGCAACUAUAUUUCCACUUUGCUGGAAGCCUGAAACCAUGGAAACCACCAAAACACAUGGGUGAUCCACAACCAUCCACAACCACAGCAGCCACUCAGCAGCCACUCAUGCUUUGGGAGCCCUGCCAACACAGCAGCCACCCAUGCCACAGAAGUCUUACUUCUACUGCCCACACCAUGGCAUUCAUACAGAGGGUCACAAGCAUAGCUCAUGGAAAGAGCUUCCAUAAUCACAUAUACUUCUUUCUCAAACACUUGUCCUUCUUAAACCUCUACUGUAUCUUUGUCACCGUCCCCAAGCUUCAGGUCUUCCUUGUGGUUUCUUUGGCCUGCACAGAGAUGGCUUUGCUUAUAGUGAUGCCCUAUGAUCACUAUGUGGCCAUCUGCCAUCCUUUGCACUUGCUGAAAAUACCGUCUACUGUGGGUCAUUCCAAAGCCUUCUCCACCUGUGUUCCUCACCUGGUUGUCAUGACUGUUUUUCUGGGUGCUGCGGCGAUGGCCUACUUGAUGCCAGCUGAAGAUGUUCUCUCUGUUUUUGACCUGCUUGUGUCUGUGUUCU